AUGUCUUUUCUUUUUCAUCGUUUGUCUGAUGAUACAGCAGUAGCGAAGAGAAUGUACGAGAAAUUCAUGAAAAAUCCGGCCAUUCCGGUUUUUGCAUGCGUUGCACUUCAAAUGGCAUUUUCUAUCGCUCGUAAACGUUUCGUGAAAAGCAUGUCACAAGCUGAAUUUAAUCGAUCGAUCGCAUUGGUACCAUUUACGGCAUUUAUUGGUACAGCUGCCUGGUUUCAUGGUACUUCAAUUAGAGAUCAACAAUAUAUCCCUCAUGAAGAAUAA